UCCAAGCGCCCAUCUCCGGGAUCGCGCUGACGAGGCGGAUGUUGAUGGGAUGGCGGUGGAGGUUGAACCUUCCCGCCAAUGCCCCGUUCCGCGUUGUCACCGCGCGACAGAUGGCAGCAGAGGGGCACUCCGACAAAAUGGCGUCCGACAUCGAAGUGCGUAUGAAGCAGUGGUGUGUGAUUGAAUUCCUGCAUGCGGAAAAAAUUGAACCCGUCGACAUUCAUCGACGGCUGCUGAACGUGUACGGAGACCAAACGGUGGAUGUGAGCACCGUGAGGCGGUGGGUGCCGCAGGGAAGGAUGAGCGACGCCGGCGCCAAGCCCAGCCCGCCGCUGGCCUCCAAAGGGGAGAAGGAUGCGGCAGAGAAGAGGGGACGGGGGCGGCCCAGGAAGAAACCGGAGGAUCCCAGUGAAGCACCCACCCCCAAGAGACCCCGCGGCCGGCCGAAGGGCAGCAAGAACAAGGCCAGCUCCAAAGGCAGGAAAUCCUCAGUCGCACCAGGGAUGAAACCUCGAGGCCGACCCAAAAAACCGCAGCAGGACGAGGAGGAGGUGAACAUUUCCCAGGAGUCAUCCGAGGAGGAGCAGUGACCCCUCCUGAACCGCCGCUACCUCAUCAUCACCCCCCAGGACUGAGGGAGAUGGACGGGGCACAACCCCCCCCCGGCAGCACCCGGCUUCCUCCUCCUCCUCCUCCUCCCACCCCGCUCCUUCCUCACCCCCCAACAACAGCAGCACUGGAACACAGGGCUCAGCCCCACAGCCCUAUGGGGGGGGACCCCCCCACCCCGCUCCCCCCAGCACAGUGGGGCAGCCCCACUCCCCCUCGCUGCAUCCCUGCAGUGCCCGGUUCGGGGUGACCCCUUUCCCCAUCGGUUCUGGUUAAUUUUUAUUUUAUUAUUUUAU